UCUAAACAACAGGAUCCCAGGCUCUUCACUGUUGCAUUAGGAUUGAUUCUCUUUUUGAAACAAUGGACAACAGUCCUUUGCAGGUGUUGACUGUCCCCACAGCCCCUUACCCCGACCAGAGACCCAGCAACAGCGGACUGAGGAAAAAGGUCUAUGUAUUCCAGUCCAGGAGGAACUACCUACACAACUUCAUCCAGAGUAUCUUCUCCUCCAUUGACCUACGGGACCGUCAGGGUUCAACUGUGGUGGUGGGAGGGGACGGUCGCUUCUUCAACCAAACAGCUAUUAAGGUCAUUGUGCAGAUGGCAGCUGCCAACGGGGUGGGUCGUCUGAUCAUUGGACACCAUGGGAUAAUGUCCACACCGGCCAUCUCCUGUGUAAUCAGGAAGCACAAAGCCAUUGGUGGCAUCAUCCUGACUGCCAGCCACAACCCUGGGGGACCUGAUGGAGACUUUGGCAUUAGGUUCAAUACUGCAAAUGGAGGCCCAGCUAAGGAUGCAGUUACAAACAAGAUCUUUCAGAUCAGCAGGACCAUUGAGGAGUUUGCCAUCUGCCCUGGACUGCAAGUGGAUCUGACAACCCUGGGCAAGCAGAUGUUUGAUCUAGAGAACAAGUUCAAACCCUUCACAGUGGAAAUUGUGGACUCUGUCGAAUCCUAUGCUAACUUGUUGAGGAACAUCUUUGACUUUGCUGCCCUGAAGGAACUUCUCUCUGGAGAAAACCACAUCACGAUAAGACUAGAUGCCAUGCAUGGAGUGGUAGGACCGUAUGUGAGGAGAAUACUCUGUGAGGAGCUGGGCUGCCCUGCCAAUUCUGCCGUCAACUGUGUCCCAUUGGAGGACUUUGGGGGUCAACACCCUGAUCCGAACCUCACAUACGCUGCAGAUCUGGUUGACAGCAUGAGAGAUGGACAGUAUGAUUUUGGUGCAGCAUUUGAUGGUGAUGGGGACCGUAACAUGAUCCUUGGUAAGCACGGCUUCUUCGUCAGCCCACCUGACUCUGUGGCUGUGAUUGCUGACAACAUCUUCUGCAUCCCAUACUUCCAGCAUACAGGGGUGAGGGGCUUCGCCCGCAGCAUGCCCACAAGCGCAGCCUUAGACAGAGUUGCCAAGGCAACAAAAAUAGAUUUAUAUGAAACUCCCACUGGGUGGAAGUACUUUGGGAACCUAAUGGAUGCAGGCAGACUGUCGUUGUGUGGAGAGGAAAGCUUUGGUACAGGUGGAGACCAUAUUCGUGAGAAGGAUGGGCUUUGGGCCGUGCUGGCAUGGCUGUCCAUCCUGGCAAAUAGACAGCAGAGUGUGGAGGAUAUUAUGAAGGACCACUGGCUAAAAUAUGGAAGAAACUACUUCACUAGAUAUGACUAUGAGAAUGUAGACAUAGACACAGCCUGUGAGAUGAUGGAGGAUUUGGAGAUUAUGAUCAGCGACAAAUCCUUUGUGAAGCAGAGGUUUGCUGUGGAAGACAAAAUCUACAAAGUGGAAAAAGCAGACAACUUUGAGUACACAGACCCAGUAGACAGCACCAUCACCAGGAACCAGGGUCUGCGGAUAAUCUUCUCUGAUGGUUCACGAAUUAUCUACAGACUCAGUGGGACGGGUAGUCAUGGGGCAACAGUUCGAAUCUACAUAGACAGCUAUGAGAAGGAGCAAAUCUUUGAAGAUCCACAGGUGCUGCUUGCACCCCUGGUAACCAUUGCUCUGAAGAUUUCCCAGCUCCAUCACAGGACGGGUCGAAGUGGCCCAUCAGUCAUCACAUAACUCCUCCCAUGUUAGUCGGCCAUUGCUUUAGUAAUGUCCUUGUUGUUCUUAUUUCCAGAUUUUUGUAUAAACUGAGCUUCAAUUCCAACAGUAGCUGCACGAUGUAAAGUAGUUUGAUUUUAGGCUAAAAUAUAUUCAGUGAUUCUUUGUGUACCACAUUAAACUGCUUUUUAUUUUUGG